AUGGCUAGGAGGUCUAGAAGAUCAGAGGGUGUAAAAGGCCCUAGUUCGGCGCUUACUGAGUUUUUGAAAACUGAAGGUAUUACAGAUGCUUUUAGACAGAGACGUGAACGCGAGGUUAGAUUACAAAGUGAAACGCCAGAAGCGCAGGGUGAGCCUGAUGUGCCAGAUGUGCAGGAUCAAAAUCGGCAGGCGGUGCACGAGGAUAGCAAUGAAGAGAAUGGUGAUCUUGGGGUUGCUCAUGAGAGUCAUACGUCGUCAUCUAGACGGACUCCUACUAGAUCCUCAAGGAUACCUCAAACCCCUUCUAGAUCCUCAAGGGUACCUCAAAUUUCCAUCGACGACGAGGAGGAAGACGAAGAAGAAGAAGACGAAGAGAUCAAACAAAUGAAAAUUGCUGCGAAAAGGAAAUUGAGAGCUGCAACACGCAGUGCAAGACGCGGUGCAAGACGCAGUGCAAAGCGCACGCGUCCGGGAAACAGUAGUAGUGAUGAUAGCGAUAGUGACGAUGACAACGAUAGCAACUACAACCUGGAUGAAGAAAACGAGUUGGGUGACGUCAAUAUGAAAAAGUUUGGAGAAUAUGACGUUUGUGUUGACUGUGGUGACAAGUUCGAGCUAACGGUGUUUUCCCGAUUUAUUAAGGAAAAGACUGGGUACUUGUGUGAUUCGUGCAAUCGCGUUUUAAGAGAAAGGGAACGCAAGGCAAAAGCUAAUCAAUUAAAUGCAAGAAAGAGGAGAAAAAAAGUGGCACAGGCCUUGUUGAAUAAAACUACUGUUAAACUCCCAAAAUUGCAAGAUGUUUGUAUAAAGAAAAUCACUCAGAAUAUUGAAGAUGUUGAUGCCUUGGGAGACAUUGGACAGAUGAAUUUGAACAAAAUCUCAAAGAUACUAUCCAAAAAUAGGUCACUAAACGAUAAAACCAUUUCAUUGUUCUUGUUUCCUGAUUUGAAGAGUUUAGAGUUUUGGGAUUGCUCAAACGUUAAUUCCGAUUCUUUAAACAAAAUCGCGUCAUUUUGCCCCAACUUGGAAUCCUUAACCCUAUUCAUGUGCGGACAGUUGCAUAAUGAUAAUUUAGAAUAUUUCGCAUCCAAAUUAAAAUACCUAAGUGCAUUAUCACUAAACGGUCCAUUCUUGAUUAGUGAUCGUAUGUGGCAAGCAUAUUUCGAUAAAGUCCAAAAAAGACUUUCCAAGUUUGAAGUUAGAAAUACUCAUAGAUUUGGUAAUGAGUCCUUGAUAAGUUUAUUGGUAUGUUGUGGAAAAGAUUUGACAUCAUUGAAAUUGUCACGAUUGGACGGAAUCACCUCAGCUGAGGCAUAUAGUUAUAUUCCCAAGUAUAUUUGCAAUAAUAGCUUAGUUGAUUUGGAGAUUUCAUAUCCAACCAACGAGGAACUAGUUACAGAUGAUUUGAUCAUUGAGAUCUUGGCAAAAACGGGCGAGUCUCUCAAUUCAUUGAAUGUCGACGGUUGCUCAGCAUUAACCGAAAAGUUUUUGAUUUACGGAGUAGCAAAAUAUUGUCGCAGCUUAACAAGCCUAUCGAUGAAAAAUUUGGAUCAAGUAUCAAAUGAUGGAUUUGCUGAAGCUUUUCAUCAAUUUUCAAAAAUUAAUGCUGGUGGACUACUUGAAGUAAACUUGAUGAAAUGUUCUAAUCUCGGUGAUGGGGCUAUAUAUUCACUACUUGAUCAUUCAUGUCAUACGUUGGUUGAGUUGAGUAUAAAUUCCUUGUACAAAGUAACAAAGGAUUUUUUGUCCCAAAUUUUCACCAGUGAUAAACAUCAGUAUAAAGCUGCUUUAAAGAAAAAAUCACAAGAAGAAGGCAAUAUCGCAUAUUAUCAUCAUGUGAGAUUACCGUUAUUGACAUACUUGGAUUCUUCUUUUGUUAGAGCUGUUGAUAAUGAGAUAUUGUCACUAAUAGGAAACAGUUGUCCCAAAUUGCAAAUCAUCGAGGUGUACGGGAACAAUAGAUGUAACGGUAGAGCCUCUUUCAACGAGGGUCUAAUGGUAAUUGGUCGUCAAACUGAUGAUCUUUGA